AACCAGCAAAGCGUUGUGGAUUUUGCCUGCCUCCCUCCUGCAUCUGAGCUCCAUCUCCACCGGCAACAUGAGCCGCCAAUUCACCUGCAAGUCAGGAGCUGCCACCAAGGGGGGCUUCAGCGGCUACUCGGCAGUGCUCUCAGGGGGUGGCUCGUCCUCCUACCGGGCAGGGGGCAAAGGGGGCUUCAGCAGCCGGAGCCUCUUCAGCCUGGGGGGCACCCGGAACUUCUCCUUCAAUGUGGCCAGUGGCAGCGGGAAGAAUGGAGGUUAUGGGUUUGGCCGGGGCCGGGCCAGUGGCUUUGCUGGCAGCAUGUUUGGCAGUGUGGCUCUAGGGGCUGUGUGCCCCACUGUGUGCCCACCUGGAGGCAUCCACCAGGUCACCGUCAAUGAGAGCCUCCUGGCCCCCCUCAACGUGGAGCUGGACCCCGAGAUCCAGAAGGUGCGCGCCCAGGAACGGGAGCAGAUCAAGGCUCUGAACAACAAGUUCGCCUCCUUCAUUGACAAGGUGCGGUUCCUGGAGCAGCAGAACCAGGUGCUGGAGACCAAGUGGGAGCUGCUGCAGCAGCUGGACCUGAGCAACUGCAAGAACAACCUGGAGCCCAUCCUCGAGGGCUACAUCAGCAACAUGCGCAAGCAGCUGGAGACGCUGUCCGCGGACAGGGUGAGGCUGGACUCGGAGCUGAGGAGCGUGCGAGACGUGGUGGAGGACAACAAGAAGAGGUUUGAGGACGAAAUUAACAAGCGGACAGCUGCCGAGAAUGAGUUUGUGCUGCUCAAGAAGGAUGUGGAUGCGGCUUAUGCCAAUAAGGUGGAGCUGCAGGCCAAGGUGGACUCCAUGGAGAAUGAGAUCAAGUUCCUCAGGUGUCUCUUUGAAGCUGAGAUCGCUCAGAUCCAGUCCCACAUCAGUGACAUGUCCGUCAUCCUGUCCAUGGACAACAACCGCAACCUGGACCUGGACAGCAUCAUUGACGAGGUCCGUGCCCAGUACGAGGAGAUCGCCCUGAAGAGCAAGGCCGAGGCCGAGGCGCUGUACCAGACCAAGUUCCAGGAGCUGCAGCUGGCCGCUGGCCGACACGGGGACGACCUCAAAAACACCAAGAAUGAAAUCUCAGAGCUCACCCGGCUCAUCCAGAGAAUCCGCUCAGAGAUUGAGAACGUGAAGAAGCAGGCAUCCAACCUGGAGACGGCCAUCGCCGAUGCCGAGCAGCGGGGAGACAACGCCCUCAAGGACGCCCGGGCCAAGCUGGAUGAGCUGGAGGCCGCCCUGCACCAGGCCAAGGAGGAGCUGGCGCGGAUGCUGCGCGAGUACCAGGAGCUCCUGAGCCUGAAGCUGGCCCUGGACAUGGAGAUCGCCACCUACAGGAAGCUGCUGGAGGGCGAGGAGUGCAGGAUGUCAGGAGAAUUCCCCUCCCCUGUCAGCAUCUCCAUCAUCAGCAGCACCAGUGGCAGCAGCGGCUACGGCUUUCGGCCCAGCACGGUCAGCGGUGGCUACGUGGCCAACAGCAGCAGCUGCAUCUCUGGAGUGUGCAGUGUCCGUGGUGGGGAGGGCAGGAGCCGGGGCAGUGCCAGCGACUACAAGGAUACCCUGGGGAAGGGCUCCAGCCUGAGUGUGCCCUCCAAGAAAGCCAGUCGGUAGAGAGGGCUGCACCGUGGCCCUCCCCGCAUGCCGCGGCUCUGGCUCCCACUCUGUGCCCCACCCGCAGCCCACUGUCAGCUCCGCCUCCACCCUGCUGGUCCUGCUCCCACACACCUGCACUGGUCUUGGCCACCCGCUCUCCCAGCCUGUGUCUUCCUGAGCCUGGACAGGCCUGAUGCCCAAGCUUGGUGAAACUCCUCCCUGCACACUCUGGUCAGUCACUCCUUGGCUGUGGUCCCAGCCACACCACCAGCCGUGUUCCUGGCUCCCAGCCUCCCUCCUCUGCCCGGCCUCCGGCUCAGCGCUAACUACUCUGCUUGGCUCCCGGGGCCUUUGUCUCAGCGCCUGCCUGUGCUGGGAGCUGGCUCUGCGUGCAAGAAAAGGACGACUGAAGGACAAACAACCGAGCGUGGCCCAGUCCCCAUCCUACCCUGGCUCAGUCUCACAGCUCAUUCUGAGGGGGCCAAGCACAAGUCAAGGUCUCUCUCUUCACUCUCCUGCACCCACAGUAGAGAAGAGGCACGGCUCACUUCUCCCCUGUUCUUCAAGGUCCCCCCUGUUGCAUCCUCAAUAAACAGCACGAUCU